AUGUCUGCCGGUAUCCCCACGUUGAGGCUUGGUGCGGGUCAACGGGCUGCAGCCAACCUCCAAGCCCGUAGUGAAGUCAUCGCCAAUAUCGAAAAUAUUUACAGGCGCGUCGAACUUUACCAUUCUGCGAAUAUAAACCCCGCCUCCUAUGGGAUUCUUGGCAUCGAUUAUCGACCUCUUAAGCUAGACGAGAAUGGGAAACACCUUGAGAUCCCAGGUUCCGAUCCCUCUAGUCCGAUUUUCUUUGAACCACAAGGUGCUGCAUGGGUUCCUGAUGUUUGUGAAGCCGACCCUGAAGUCACGGCAGACCUGAGGGAAAUCACUGAUGAAUGGGAGAGUGCCAAAGAUGAUCCCUUAGUCCAGAGCCUUCAUUCCCAGGUCUGGUAUGUCUUUUUGGGCCUGGAGCGGAUGUUCUUCCAGUUUCGCCGAGAGUUUGACCCCCAGGGAGAUGGUGAACCCCUGCCUAACCUUAGGCAAGUGUCGAGAUGGGUGAAGAGUGGCACCAUUGUGCCAUCGGUUAUCGCCGAGAGAUUCUACCCAGCUAUUUGGGGAUCGAUGCGAUGCUCGCUGGCCGCUGCUUUUGUGCCGAAGAAACAGCUAUAUCCUACAGGAACACCCCCGCACACUCUAGUCCAUAUCUUGAUUGAACAAGAGCCCAGCGAAGCGCUGACCCGGGCAGAGGUGAUGAUCCUUACCGCAACUAUCAUUACACGAGUAGAGGGCGAGGAUUGUUUGGAGUCCGACACUAUUCCGGUGAGUAUAGGCCUAAGAUACCGUCAUAUGUCUCAAAAGUUAAUAUAUAUUCAUAACAAUAUAGGUCAUGGCUAUUACGAUCUUCGGGCGAAUGAAAGCCCGAGUAGUCGAAGCCCAUUGCACCCCGCAAGGUCUAGUCACCAAGAAGACCGACCUUUUUGA